GACCUGCUGCUGAGCACCACGGUGCUGCCCUUCUCGGCCACCAUGGAGGUUCUGGGCUUCUGGGCCUUCGGCCGGGCCUUCUGCGACGUGUGGGCAGCCGUAGACGUUCUGUGUUGCACGGCCUCCAUCCUCAGCCUCUGCACCAUCUCGGUGGACCGGUACGUGGGCGUGCGCCACUCUCUCAAGUACCCCUCCAUCAUGACCGAGCGCAAGGCAGCUGCCAUCCUGGCGCUGCUCUGGGUCGUAGCCCUCGUGGUGUCCGUGGGGCCGCUGCUGGGCUGGAAGGAGCCGGUGCCCCCCGAUGAGCGCUUCUGCAGCAUCACCGAGGAGGCAGGCUACGCCGUCUUCUCCUCCGUGUGCUCCUUCUACCUGCCCAUGGCCGUCAUUGUGGUCAUGUACUGCCGCGUGUACGUGGUAGCGCGCAGCACCACGCGCAGCCUCGAAGCGGGCGUCAAGCGGGAGCGGUGCAAGGCCUCCGAGGUGGUGCUGCGCAUCCACUGUCGCGGUGCUGCCUCAGGCGCAGAUGGGGCGCACGGGGGGAUGCGCAGCGCCAAGGGCCACACCUUCCGCAGUUCGCUGUCCGUGCGCCUUCUCAAGUUCUCCCGCGAGAAGAAGGCGGCCAAGACGCUGGCCAUCGUCGUGGGCGUCUUCGUGCUUUGCUGGUUCCCUUUCUUCUUUGUCCUGCCACUCGGCUCCCUGUUCCCGCAGCUGAAGCCCUCAGAGAACGUCUUCAAGGUGAUCUUCUGGCUCGGCUACUUCAACAGCUGCGUGAACCCACUCAUCUACCCCUGCUCCAGCCGCGAGUUCAAGCGUGCCUUCCUGCGCCUCCUGCGCUGCCAGUGCAGGCGUCGCCGGCGCCGCCGCCCCCUCUGGCGCGUCUAUGGCCACCACUGGCGGGCCUCGACUGGAGGCCCGCGCCUCGACUGCGCCCCCGGCCCUGGCGCCGCACCCCCUGGGGCCCCGCUGGCCCUCACCGCACCCUCGGCCCCAAGCCCUCCAGGCACGCCCGAGGUGCAAGCUCCGGUCGCCGGCCGCCGAAAGCCACCUUCCGCCUUCCGCGAGUGGAGGCUGCUGGGGCCGUUCCGGAGACCCACCACCCAGCUGCGUGCCAAGGUCUCCAGCCUGUCGCACAAGAUCCGCGCCGGGGGCGCGCAGCGCUCAGAAGCCGCGUGCACCCUGCGCUCGGAGGUGGAGGCUGUGUCCCUAGGCGUCCCCCACGACGUGGCCGAGGGCGCCACCUGCCAGGCCUACGAACUGGCGGACUACAGCGACCUCCGGGAGACUGAUAUUUAAGGAUCCCCGAGCUAGGCUGGGGUGUGCUGGAGGAGGGGGAUCAAAUGGGGUGAGGAUGAGGACGUGGAAAGGAGGCUGGCUUUGUUCAAGAAGCCAGUGCAGGUCAGGAACUCGAAACUGGCAGCCCCGAGAAACUGAGGCGAGACCGCCCUGGAAGCAUAGAAAGUUAUGGGCCCCCUCUUGGACACAGAUGCCGGGAGCUCCUCCUUUCUGAGGGAGGGGCUGCAGACUACGUGGGGCGGUUUGCUCACAAUCCCUGUUUGAGAAACACUGCCCCAGCCUUUCCCUGGACCCUGGGUAGACAGCCACAAGUAUGGCCGAGGCAGGCCUGCCCCUCCUCUCGGAGAGGAAAGGGCUUAGAGGCCCUGCAUGGCUGCCUCCUUCGGAAAAAGUCAUUGGGACUAGAGCUUCCCAGUGAACCUAAUUUCUCCUUACUGCCAACUGGAGGAACCCAGAGGGCCUGCCACCGCCUCCCAUAAGCUUUGGUGGCGGAUUGGAUGACCCUCCUACAAGCCUGUUGUAUUUACCCUUGGCCCACUCCCCGGUACAGAUGAUCCUCCAUGCACACAGCAUCACCUGGCCCUGCCUUCAUUACGUCCCCCAGGGGCCUUACUGUUUACACUCUGUACAUAGCUCAUUGUGCCUGUGCCCAUCACCUCUUGCUGGGAUCCAGAGCCAUCAAAUGGAGAGAGCUUUAUUUGUCAUUUUGAAACAUAUUUAUUGGUAAGAGUACUUCUAUUUUGUCCAAAUUGUGCAAACUGUCCCUUUUUAGCUUAUAACCCAUA